AUGUCAAUCGACAUCAAUUGGGAGACUCUCACCUCCGGCUCUCAAGGUGAAGACCUCGCUCACACAGUCCGCGACUUUAUUCACGACCGCUUUCAGCAAGUCCAGCUCCCCCGCUUCAUCCGCUCCGUCGAAAUCCACAGCUUCUCUUUCGGCUCAGAAUGCCCUUCCAUCGACAUAGUCGACAUCACAGACCCCCACCCUGCCUUCUACGAAGAUGAUUCUAGCGACAGCUCCUCCUCACAAGAAGACGCCCACAGCGAAGAGCUUACCUCUCCCCGUCGAGCUCCCAACCACCAGCUUCCACCACUACAACCUCCGCACGCAAGAGCAACCCACUUCCCCAAUCUCCAACCUCAGCUCCAGUCAGGCCAAACCUCCCCGCUCCGUUCAGGUACACCAGGGAUACCAGGCGGCACCUCCAAUCUCUCAUACUUCCACCUACCUCUUCGACAAGGUCUAGGCAGCGGCACCGCAACGCCCACACCUUUCACCCCUACAUUUCCAUGGCCGCACAACGCAACCAGCGAGCAACCCUAUCACCACCACAACCGGCCUCCCACACCUCCCCCGCCGCAAACACCAUGGGCAGACCCAGUCUCGCCUCCGCGCACGACCUCACGACCACAAGUCAAGUCUCCAGACCCAGACGCGCAAGUCGACGGCUAUUUCAAUUCUCGUAAUCCCAAGAAAACCCAAGGGAGAAGUGAAGAGAAUGGAAACACGCCAAAUCCGCUCGACCUACAGCUCACACUGCACAUCUCGUAUUCUGGCUCCCUCUCCCUCUCCCUAACGGCGGAGAUUCUCCUCGACUACCCUAUGCCCUCAUUCGUAUGCCUCCCCCUCCGACUCACGGUCACAAACGUGGAAUUCGAUGGUGUUGGCCUCUUGGCCUACCUAAACCCCACUCCCAACCCCAAUCCCAGUCCCGCCAAAGACGCAAGAGACGGUGGUCGUAAUGAGGUCGAUGAGGGCGAUGAAAGCGGGCGGAGGGUUAUCUUCUCCUUCCUCCCUCCUGAGGAGGGGCGUCUUACUCUCGCCUCAACAUCCACCGCCACCACCGCUACCUCCUCUCUCAAUUCUGACGAUGCUCCUUCUACGAAUCAAGUUAGAGAACGAAAGAGUGGUGGAAGUGGAUUGGGCGCGCUGAUUAAUGCCAUACACGUGGAGAGCGAGAUCGGGAAGCAAGGCGGAGAGCAGGGCGGGGCGGGCGGGGCGGGCGGGGCAGAGCAGAAACAGCCGCCGCUGAAGAACGUGGGGAAAGUGGAGCGGUUUGUGGUCGAGCAGGUGAGGAGGAUUUUUGAGGGCGAGUUGGUGUGGCCUGGGUGGUGGACUUUCUUGGUUUGA